AUGAGGCGACGGAAGUCCGGGAGAGGGACCGCAGCGAACGCCGAGGAGGAGCUCGGGGGCGGCGACGGCGGGCGGGAGGACCCUGCUGCGCCGAGCGAGGUCGUCAAUGGCACCAGGCAGUGGGGGCACGACGCCUUCUUGCUGAAUUGCUGUGAGCGCGUCGUUGUUGGCGGUGACAUGCGGGGAACUCGUUCUUUUCGGUUUGGUGGAGAUGUGCGGAGGAAGGGCAUGCAACCAAUCUCCCGAAUUUGGGGGCAGAGCACCGACAGGGCCGGCAUUUUGGGAUGUCGCAUCGCCCUGGGUGGCCACUCUGUGAAUGUGAUGCGAGACCUCGAGCGCGCUCCCCACCAUUUGUACCUGCUGCAGAGAUUCGCUUGGAGCGCGGCAUCGGCAACACAGCCCGAUGCUGGGCCGCCAAUCGUUGAUUCGGACAAUUCUGGCGAAGAUGCUUCCAGUGACGAAGAGAGCUCAUCAACCGAGGAGGAUGAUGGGCACGUUCACCCAAAUCUGGAGAACAAGUUCCUGAAGACCCUUGUGAAAAUAAAGAAGAAGGAUGCAACAAUAUACAACAAGGAUGAAAGACUAUAUUCUUCUGAAGAGGGCACUUCAGAGCUGGAAGACGAGGAUGGUGACCAGAAGUUUCAAAGACACAAGCCAAUGCAUUUGAAGGAUGUGCGAGCUCAGCAGCUGCUUGAGGGUGGUGCGGAUGCAUAUUCGUCUAGUUCAGAAGAUUUGGAAGAUGGUAUGCCAGGGGGAAACCUGUUGUACAACAAGGAACAGGAACAAAAUCGGAGGGAAUUUCUGGCAUUGGCGGCAGUGCAUGAGAAUGGGGAUGACGAUGAGCAGAAGGCAUCUGAUGUUGAGGAGGACUUUGGUGGGCUUAGAAGAACGGUGGUCCAAGGAGCUGAAGCAGAUGAUGGGCGUAAUGAAGCUGAAACAAAUGAGCUCUUGGAUGAGAUUUUUGGCAAGGGUGAGGAAUUGACUGAAGCAGACACAUUCUUGAAGGAUUAUUUAAAGGGACAGAAGUGGAUAGUUCCAGAGGACUCUGUGCAGCAGCAUGACCUGGAGGACAUUGAUGAAGACGAGGAGUACUUGGAAAAGGCAGACCAAUUUGAAAGCACCUACAACUUCAGAUUCGAGGAACCUGGGGCCAACAGCAUUGUCAAUUAUCCGCGAGUGAUCGAUGGUUCGUACCGGAAGACAGAAUCCAAACGAAAAAGGCAGAGGGAGCGCAAAAAGCGUCGGCGCGAAGAGCAAGCUAAGGGCAGAGAGGAAGAAGUGAAGCACAAGAAGAAUUUAAAAAUUCGUGAAAUUCAGAACAAGGUGGUUGAAGUACGCAAAGCGGCUGGCUCUCGGGCACCCACAGAGGAGCUGCUGCAGGAUCUCUUGGAAGACGAUUUUGACAUGGACGACUGGGACAAGAAGAUGUUGAGCGCCUUUGGUGACGAGUACUAUCAGGUCACAGCACAUGGACUGCGCUUAGUACUCAGGAUCAACAGUGAUAUCGCGAUUGACGCUAAUCAAGUAGUAUUGCCUGGGCAUUGCAGUGACGUCAACUGUAGUAUGAUGGAGGCAGAGCUAACAUCGUGGUCUUGGUGA